UUCUGCUUAUUAUAUAAGUACGCGAUGAGUUCCUCUUACAAACAUCAUCCUUUGAGAUUACCGUCUGUUGUAGAUCAGCGAACUGUCAAGUCUUCCUUUUAAAUACUAAGAUGUUCAGAAUUAACUCUAUCAGACUCAUCAAUACUUCUUCGAGAGCUGCAACUGGUAACUCCUUCAAAUCCUUUGCCGAGUAUAGAAAAGCUGCUAUCUAUAACGGACCAUUGAAGAAGAGUAUGCUAUUGAGAUCUCAUGGUGAAUUUAAGCCAGCAACUCCAGAGGACAGGGAGUUGUUUGCGCAAGAGGCUGCUAGACACAGUGCCUACAAGGAGAGUAUCUGAAGAAGAGCCUCCUCCUUGUCGCCAUGUAGAAGGACACACCUCUUCAUUUUUGAAUUUUAAUCAGCUGGACUGAUUUUACAUAUAUACACA